AUGAUGAAGAUGAUAGUGAAAGGGAGCCUGCAUCCCAUAGCUGCACUGCCGCGACUACGUCAGGAGCAUGUUCCUCCUAUGACUGGAGUUAUUCUAGCAAAGCACAUGGUUCAGAACCAGAUGACCCCAACCUUCACAUUUCCUCAAGCGACAAGUCUAGAGGAGUAUCAUCAACAAGUUGUUGCCAGUCAGGCUGCAGGAUCUGCUGCAGCGGCAGCUGGUUUAGCUGGUCUCCAGAAUGUUGGAGUUGCUGUUUCAGCUAUGUCCUCAGAAACAAGUGGCCAGACCAUAUACACAACCACUCCAAUUACAUCAAAUGGCACUGCUGAUCAGCAAACAUUCCUGAGAGAGGCACAAAAAAGCCUUUGGCUGAGAGACCUCAAAGUCAUGUCCGAGGCUGAACUUACAACUGCUGACAAUGAAGUAGCUACCAUACCUCCUACAAGUGGCGCCAUCUCUCCAAACACUGGUCCAAAGCGGUUGCAUGUAUCCAACAUCCCUUUCCGGUUUAGAGAAGCCGACUUGAGACAGCUGCUUGGGUUUGGCAAUAUUUUAGACGUGGAAAUAAUAUUCAACGAGCGAGGUUCAAAGGGAUUCGGUUUCGUAACUUUCGCAAAUAGCAGUGAUGCCGACAGAGCACGUGAGAAAUUGAACGGCACUGUGGUUGAGGGACGAAAGAUUGAGGUUAACAAUGCAACUGCACGAGUCAUGACCAAAAAGGUGACUACCCCUACACUGUCUGCCGAUUCAGUCACUGCGGCAGCCUUGAGAGGGGUUGCUUUGACCAGGGGGAGAGCACCAACAGUUGUUUCUGCACGGGCCCUAGGGGGUGUCUACACAGCUGCAGCAGCUGCAGGGCUUCGUCAUGCAACACCAGUUGCUGCGGCGCCGACUGCUUUCCCAUAUGCUACUGUCUACCAAGAGCCAUUUAUUGCCAUCGAUGCAGCUGGACGCUACCAGUUGGUGACAAGUCAGCCAUAUGCAGCGGCUGCCAAUGCCUACCAGCCUGGGGCUGCCAGAUAUGCAUUUCCUGCUGCUGCGUUGGCAACUCCAAUGGCAUAUGCUGCUGCUGG